AUGGAACAGCAGCUACUGCAGCAUGAGCAGCAGCAGCAACAACAGCAGCAGCAGCAGCAACUGCAGCAAGAGCAGCAACAGCAGCAAAAGCAGCUACUGGAAGAGCAGCUACUGCAGCAUGAGCAGCAGCAGCAGCAGCAACAGCAGCAGCAGCAGCAGCAACAGCAGCAGCAGCAGCAGCAAGAGCACCUUGAGGUAGAGGGGAUCCUUUGA